CGUAUUUCGCAUCGAAUGAAAGUGGUUGUGCAUCGAAAAUUGUGCUGUGUCGAGAAUUGAGCGUGAAACAUAGUGAAUACCUUUUUGAAUUUGCCUGGGUGUGAAUCGAAUUCGUAUACAGACAUUAAGGCACCUAUCCCUAAGCAAUCCCUAUCCCUGCAUCCCUGCAUCGGAAAUUGUGCUGUGUCGAGAAUUGAGCGUGAAACAUAGUGAAUACCUUUUUGAAUUUGCCUGGGUGUGAAUCGAAUUCGUGUGAGUGCGAUCUGAGAUCUAGGAUCAUACAUAGAAUCAGACAUUACAGCACGCGUCCCUAAGUAAUCCCUAUAAAUAGUCCUUCGCGAAAAUGGGUUUCGUUCAAGUUUCGGAGAAGGAGGGCGACGAGCCCAUCGAGCUGCCGGCUGAGGAGGAUGGCACUUUGCUGCUGUCCACACUGCAGGCGCAGUUUCCGGACUGCAGCGGUCUGCAGUAUCGCAUAGUGGAAACGAAGUCGUUGCGUGGAGUUCGCUCCAACGAGGGCCGAAUGUAUUCGCCCAGCGAAGAAUCCGACUGGGGCGAGUACCAUUAUUUUUGCGUCUUUCCCAAAAAGAACAAGCGCCAGAGCGACGAUAACUCGGAAAACUCAGUUGCCAAGACCAAGCGCACCGAGCCCCUUCUGCGCUGCUUUGAUCUCAUCGUGCUCGGCUUGUCCUAUAAAACCACCGAUCAGACUUUUCGUGAGUUCUUCGAGACCUACGGCGAUGUGGUGAAGGCAGAGAUCAAGAGGGACAACACGUCGGGGCAAUCCAAGGGCUUCGGGUUCGUGCGCUUUGGCUCUUACAAUGCCCAAAUGCGCGUACUCUCCAAGCGCCAUUUAAUUGAUGGUCGCUGGUGCGAGGUUAAGGUGCCCUCCUCGAGGGGUAUUGGCAACCAGGUGCCUGGCAAGGUAUUCGUCGGCCGCUGCACCGAGGACAUAGGGGCGGAAGACUUGCGCGAGUAUUUCUCCCAGUUUGGCGAUGUGAUCGAAGUGGUCAUUCCCAAGCCCUUCAGGGGUUUUAGCUUUGUGACCUUUCUCGAUCCGUACAUACCACAGCUCCUGUGGGGAGAGGAUCACAUAAUCAAGGGCGUUUCGGUCCGUGUGUCUAGUGCUGACAAAAAGGUCGUGCCGAAAAACAAAAACAAACAGAUCCAGAGCUGCAACAACAGCAGCAACAACAACACCAACAACAAUAACGAUUUGGACAUCUUUAACAUGCACUCGGCCAACAACUUUAACAUGCACCCGGGCAACAACUUUAACAUGCAUCCGGCCAACAACUUUAUCAUGCAUCCGGCCAACAACUUUAACAUGAACCCAUUUCAUCCACAUGGUUACCAAAUGAAUCGCGCCAUGAACUAGACGCACAAGUUCAACGUGGUCGGCAGCAACGGCUGGAUGAACGGUGACCUCCUGGACGCUAGGCGUCAACUCCCAGGGAUCGAGCUCCUCCAACCAGCUGUAAGAGUUGGUACCCAAUAAUUUGAUGCUGUCGCACAUACAUACAUAUUAAACCUCACAUACAUGCAUACAUGCAUACAUGCAUACAUGCAUACUUUCAUACUUUCAAACAUAUACAAUUCGUCCAAAAAUAUAAUUGUAUAAAAUGA